AUGCGGCUCAUUCUGCUCAGCCUUCUCGUCGGCCCAAUCGCCGCCUCCCUCCUUCCCAGCCCGCAAACCAUCUUCACGAACCCCCUCUCCGAAGAAGGUUGGUCCAUUCCAACAAUCCAUGAAUCCGCAGUGCAGGCCCGCCGCAUCCUACGCCUCGAGACAAUCGGUACUCUCUCGACCAUCUUCCCCUCCUCGUCCUCGAUCGCUCCUUUCGAGCGCCGCCCUUCCGAUGUCCAAGGCACCCCUGUCGGCCUCAUGGACUACUUCGCCGACUGCGAGGCUCAUGGCAACCCUACUAUACUCGCCAUUGGUAUUGCUACUUCCUUUAAGAAUGUUGAUGCUGGGAGUAAUAUCACGCUGAGCUUGCGCUGGCACCCGCCGUACCCUGCGGGCACACCGUAUAGUGCGGCUAGCAUGCCGCGAUUUAGCCUGGUCGGGUAUCUGGAGGACAUUGAGAAAGACGAAAUGAACAAGUUAGGCGUGGAGGGAUGUUUUGUAAAGACACAUCCAGAUGCUGCGGCGUGGCUACCGGGAAACAGAAUCCAUGAGUCAAAAUUCGUGCGGCUGGUCGUGAAGGAAGUAUAUUGGAUUGGCGGGUUUGGAGACAGAGCGUACAUUGGGUGGAUUCCAUUGGAUGAGUGGAGCCAAGUAACGGAGAAGGAGAUUGGGGAAACUAGAUUGCCAGGUGAGAAGAAUAAGUGGAAAUGGGCGAAUUUUGUGGGAGAUUGGUGA